AUGGCCAGGAUUGUGUUCAAGAGGAAUACUGCCGGCAAUUAUGCAGUGAGGACCUUCGAAGAGAGGCACGCACACUACUUGUGCGUUGAGAGCUACAAACCAUUCCUGAAGGUCAACAGGAAGCUUGAUAUUGGUCACCAACAGUUCAUAACGAACUGCGCAAAGGUCAACGUCGGAGCAAGUAAGAGUUUCAACAUAUACGCGGAGCUAGUUGGGGGAGUAGAGAACGUGGGAGCUACACAAUUGGAUUUCAAGAACUACCGGAGGGAUGUGUUGGCAUACAUGCACUUAGGGGAUUGUCAGAUGGUCCUGUCCAAAUACCUAGAUAUUAAGGGCGAUUACAGUGACAUGUACUUCGAAUACGAGGCGAACGAAGCAGACCAACUAACACGAAUUUUCUGGGCGGAUGGGUACAACCUCGUUUUUGUCCCGUUCACCGGCGUCGACAACCACAAGAAAUGUGUUACAUUCGCAGCAGCCCUCAUCUCUCGGGAGGACGUGGACUACUACUGUUGGGCAUUAAGACACUUCAAGAUCGCUAUGGGCGGUGCGCCACCUAUCGCAAUGACGGAUCAAGACCCUGUAAUGAAGGUCGCGGUCGCGAAGGAAUUCCCGGAUACUCGCCACCGAUAUUGUAUGUGGCAUAUAAUGACGAAGGUGGGGGACAAAGUAAGCCAUGACUUAGCGCGGAACGAGGAGUUCCGAAAGGAGCUGAAUGUCGUCGUUUGGAACGACACCGCGAUAGCUGAUUAUUUCGAGGAGGCAUGGAGCAGUGUUAUUGAGAAAUAUGGGCUGACUGACAAUGCGUGGUUCAAGCGUAUGUACGAUGAGCGCGCAUCCUGGGUUCCUGCAUGCUUCGAAGGUGUUUUUAUGGGGGGGCUACUCCGUACUACAUCCCGCUCCGAGGCCGAGAACAGGAUUUUCAGAAGCAACACUAACAAGCACAUAUGUCUCACUGAAUUUUUCAUCAGGUUUGAGAGUACGGUCAGAAAGCAGCGAAUAACCCAAUCGGAACUUACAGGCGCAAGCGAUGCACAGACCCCCCCAUUUAAGACACCACUGCCGAUCGAACGAAGGGCAACAUCACUUUACACUUUAACUAUGUUCUACGAUGUCCAACAUGAGAUCGUGGCAGGGUGUUUUGAUUGUCGGGUGCGGUCAUGCGCCGACGGUGGCGCCGUCACCACCUAUGUGGUAGAGGAUGAACACGCGACGCGGUACACGUUGACUUUUGAGAAUGCUACCCAUACGACCCACUGCCAAUGUCGACUAUACACAAGGAUAGGCCUAUUGUGCAGGCAUGUGUUUGCCGUCUUGAUGUAUGAGCCUAUUGAGAACAUACCUCCUCAGCAUGUCACCCCGCGGUGGACACGCACUGCCGUACAACAUGCACCAACUGAGGGUGGGCAGCCAAUGUCGGAACGCUUGACAUCGUCGUCACGUGGGGAUUCAGAAGAGAGUAACGUGGUAAACACGUUUUAUAAAUGCUUAGGGCUGGCACAAGGUGACCACCAGAAAUUGCAUCACCUCGGUGAGGUUCUCGCGUCGCUAGAAACUCAGUUGUGCGAAAAUAGCGACGAACAGGUUGCUGUUGCGAGGGGAAAACGGGCGAUAAUGGAGUCCUACUGUGGCGCACCAGCCCCUGAAUCAGUGUCCGUGCACCCGCCCCCUGUGGUUAGCAACAAGGGGUCAGGCAAACGACUAAGGUCUGCUAGAGAGAUUGCCAUGAAGGAGCAAAGCAAAAAAAAACGCACAUGCAAAACAUGUGGUUUUGCGACUGGACACAAUAGCCGAAGCUGCCCACAGAAAUGA